CGCCUAACAUACUACAGUAAUAAAAGUUCGUGCUUCUAGUGUGUGAAAUAAAUGUUUUGAUUUAAAUCAACACUUAUUACGAUAAGCAUGAAUAGAAUUUUAUAAAUAACUUGAAAAUAUUUUGAUGUUUCUGAUAUUGAUAUACUAAGCGCUUUUCAGGUACACACCAGCCAACAGCACCAAGACCCUGAGUUAAUCAUCUCUCAAUUUAUAGAUUAUACUUAAAGUGACCAUUCAGGAUAUCAGAUCUUGAAGAUUAUGUCUUGGCCACAGUUGAAGUGUUGUCAACACUGUGAUCGCAACACAAAUAUUGUGUGCUUGGUUGUGCCAGUAUGCUGUCCCAUCUGCCAGCAAAACACGGCAGCAACACAAAUGAGAGUGCCACCAUACUUGCUGCCGGCACCUUUCAUUUCUUCCACAGAUGCACCAUGCAGCCUGGUACUCAAGCAGACAGUAGGAGAUUUCAUUAAAGACUAUUCAAGUGCUGUAAAUCUGCACAUUGGAGUUACUGAUACUAGAGGUGUUUGUUAUAACUUUGAUGAGGAUGGCCUUCACAUGGGAGAAACUUGGCAGCAAUGUAUAUCCAUUCCUUUGUUGUCUAUGCCAGCAGUGUCAGGCCACAUCUCAUCUUCAGACUGGGAUGAUAGACUCCAUAUAUUUGCUAGUCCACUUCAAUGGCAUCGUCAAAGAUACCAUGAUGCUGACUGCAACUGUUUUGAUUUUGUUUUACAAUUUUUACGUUUCCUUCAGUGUCAUAGGUUUCAAAACAUAGAUGGCACCGAUGUGUUGUCAGAUAAGAAAGUUUUCUGUGAUAUUUUUCUUACUCAGCAAACUGCCAAGGCUGCUCAGUAUAUCAGUGCAUAUCGACGCAUUUUGCAGGAGGGGUUUGUUUUGGUUCCAGCUGGGAACAUUUAACAACUGUCAUUCCUAAGCACUUGUGCAUGAAUUAGGCAGAUUAAGAACCCAAGACAUUUGAUUGUUAGAAAUUUUUUUUUUUAUUUCAGGGCAGUCUUUAUGACAAAAUAUCUAGGGACCAUGGUAGGAAAAAUGGACCCUCUUAAUCUGCAAUGGGCUCCAUAUAAAAAUAUUGAGCAUUGGUAAAUCACCUAUAUUUUUUUUGUUAAAUAAGAGGUGGGGAAUGUCCCUUCAGGUCAUAUAGGGUAGGCAACUGCAGAUUUCAGUAAAUCUAUUUUUUUAAAAAUAUUUGUUCAUAGCAAUAUAAACAAUAUAUUUAAUUAAUAUAAUUAACAGGACCAAAUUAAUGAUGUAAAUUUUGAGAGACAAGCAGUGAGCGUUCUUUACAGGAUAGACAGGUCACAUACGAGCACCUAAUUAUGAAAAGGCAGAUUGUGAUAAUGGUAGUGCCAGGCAGGCUGGGAUUAUACAUGUUGCAGAAGUGUUAACACACUGUCGAAACUACAGCGUGACCAAAUAGAGCUGGCCAAUUUUUAACCAGAUAAUUUUGUAUGUCCCAUGAAUGAUGUUAUAAAUAUGAAAAUGGCUCUUGGAAGGAAAAAGGUUCCCCAUCCUCACCUUAAAUCAUUACCCCUUUUCUCACUCUGUGCUCUUCAUUUAUAUUUAUUGUUUGCAUGAAUAUAGUGUAUGUAGUAUAAUGUGUAAUUCUACUAUAAACUCCUAGGAAGAAAAUUUAUUUCAUGUGAGUUGGCGAAAGACACCCUUAUUUAUAUUUUGGGAUGUAAAUCUGGGUGCUGGCAUAUUGUGAUGCAAGUCUGAUGAUAUAGAAUACUUGAUUACUGGCUGUACAAACCACCAAAAAGAACAGUACAUUACAUUAAAUGAGAAUAGCUAGUUUCUCCGCUACCACAUUACUGUUACAGGGGCAUAAACAAGAUCAUGGCAAUGUCUUAUCAAAUUUUGUACCUUGGUAUGAUAAUUUUGUGGAAUUAAAUGAAAAUAAGACAAUAUGAAAGGGUAUAAACUGCAUGAAAAUUUUAAGAUGGUGGUGUUCCCAGCAUGAUAAACCUGCUGAGAUUAUUGACUCAUUUAGGUACUAGGCAGUUUUUGAUUGCCAGCUUAAGUGGGAUGUGCAGGUAAGGUAAGAGGGAGGGACUGGGGGAGUCUGGUGUACCCCGGGCUGUGACUGUAAAGGGGGUCUGGCCUUCAUCAGCGGAUUUUCUUCCUUUUCUUUUAAGGAAAGGUUGACCUAACAUUCCUCACUCUGGGGAUUUUUUCUGUGGAGCGGGACACUACAACUUUGAUCCUUUUAAUGUCGUGUUUCCUCAUUAACUAACCACUUGCAUGUAAACAUGUUGAAGUAGUGAUGCAGAUCACAGUGUACUUGUCCUAAUGCUUGCAGUCUGUAUUACGUUACUGAAUGAAAUGCAGAUUUUGACAAUCAUAUUGUAAACAUAUUAUAUAAUAGGAAAAUAAUUUACAAUUAUAAGGGGCCCAGAGAGGUCAUUUGUCCUGCGACCUGUGCUGGCUCUGUGGCCCUGGGGAUGUGAUCAUAUUGCCAGAUGUGAUCAGCAAAGGGUGUACACUCUUUGCAAACUGAAUAGUUUUUCAAUCAGCUCACCAAUCUUGAGUCAUUUUUAUCAGACAUUCACAUUAUAAAAUGCUUUAAAAAUGCAUAAAUGUGAUGUGCAUAUCAUGACUAAUGUUGAAAUUUCGUUACUAUGCUUCCUUGAUGGCCUUAAUAUAUGUACAAUUUUGAGACUAUAUACUGCAAAUAAAACAAAUGUUUGUAUCUGCUUCUUAGACAUAUUAUGCAUACUUACAGGAACACACACAUGCAUUCAAUAUUUUAUGUGCAUGCAUGCACACACACACACAACACUUGUGAAGUCAAAUCUGUUUACUUGUGUUCACACAUACAUACAUUAUGGCAUUUUUUGUUGGACAAAACAGGAAUGCAACUGUGAAUACAACACUCAUGACAAGUAUCAAAACUACUUUAAAUAUUCAACCAAGAGAAAACACCUUAAGAAGAGGAAUAACUGGUCAGUCUCUGGAAUGGAAUCUUAGUUAAUACUUUUCAACAAUUGCAUUAUUAUUAUUAUGAGCAGCACAGGUCUUGUUACAAGCAGCCGUGCACAAAAAAAGACUGUAUAAGAUGGAUGGAAAAGCUCACUAUAUAGAAAUGCUUGUUACAAUUCAGCAGUAGUAUAAUUAGCAGUUAGUAUUUGAAUCUGUACCUGCACAGAUAAAAUAUUCAUUAAAAAAAACAACAGAUUUUGGGAAAAAAGCCUGUGACAAACCCUUGUAACUUUUAAUGUAGAAGUAGGCAAUUGCAGCUGUCUGAAAACAGUAUGCAAGAAAUGCUUCUGCCUAUGAACCUUUUUGUUCUGCAGAAACACAUUUAUGAAAUGACUAACUCUAUAAAAUGCUGCAAAGUCAGGCUUUAUAUUUCAAGCAUGCACAGCUCUCACUAUGUACAUGCAUAUUAUCAAAACUGGAUAAAGUAAACCAACAAGCAGGCAAACACGCGUCCUAAAAACAAAUUUAUAGGUUUAAAUUGUACAUCAAAUAUGCAGUUCUUGUGAGCAGCUUCUUCUCUGGCUUAAUGGAUGCUGUUUGGAAAUGUAACAGUAUGACCAAAAUAUAUGUUAAAUAGCUUGCUGUGGACGGAGUGCUUCGUUUUAAAACAUUUUUUCAACAAUCUCCUAUGUUGCAUUGGCUUUCAAUUACUUCAUAAAAUAGGGCAAGGACAGUGAUUCAACAUCUGGUCAACAAAAUCAGUAUAUGAUUGGUAGUAAAAAUAGAAGAUUUUGUCAGCAGGAAUGUGGACAUUUAUAUGCAUAAUAUGUGCAUAGAGUAAAUAAACCCAUACUUGUUCACAUGCACAAGAAGCAAAUUGUCAAGACCAAGACUGAACUGGCAAGACUGGGGAAAGAAUACAUGCAGUUUAAAGUAAUGACUCUACAACAAAGUUGUCUCCUGGUAUAAGUGGAGGUAAAAAAGCAAGUGGUACAGAGAACCUUGCAAAAUCCAAUUGUACUUCAACAAGAAAGUCUUAGAAAAUUUAUUGAAUUUUAUCCUCAGUAAUGAGGCUUAUCAUUGUAAAAAGACAGUAUUAAGAUGUAUUAAAAAGAUGGGCUUUAAUAUGCAGCAAUAAUCUCUAUUCCUUGCACUUUAUGUUGAUAGUGUUAUUUUUUUUAAAUUUGUAAGGCACAUCAACAAAGACCUCGGAUGACCAACACUUUUUAUAAUUAAUUUAGCAAUUUUGAGAAAGAACAAGCCAAAACUGCGAGGACUGGAAAAGCCACAUCUUCAACUAUGUCCAAGAAAAGUAGCAUAUAAAAAAAAUUAUUUGAUCAAUUUUUUCGCUUUCACCCUUCAAAUCCACAUACAUUAAGUCCAGAUGCUAAUCCUUUUUUUUUUUACAUAAAUUUGAAUGCUUCAACUUAGAGCAUGUGUCUAGUGAAAAUAACAGGAAGAGGCUUGCAGCUAGCACAAUACUCUCCAUGCCUUGUCUGUCAAUAAAUAAUCAUUCUACUGUUCAUUUUGCUAUGCAUGCAUGACCAUGCAUUAAUUUCCCCACCUUCAUCAUUAAACUUUCAAGCCUGGCCUGUUAUGAUUACCGAGAAGACUAUCUUGAAACUUCCACCACGAGAUGGAGGCACUUUCCAAUCAAAUAUAAAUAAAACCAAUCUUGAUACUGCUGAAACUGUUUGCUUCACCAAUUACACAUUUUGAUACAUAUUAACAGGACAUAGGCAUUAAUUUAUAAACGGUUCACGUUAAGAGAUAGCAUAAUUUCCAGAGACUUCCAUACAUUAUACUUAAAAACACUUCUUCAAUGUUACAACAAGUGUAAAAGCAAUCUAUUUCAUUCAUAUCUACCUUAUAAUUAAUAUUUCUGAACACAUAAAUAGUAAAUUCAAGUCAUGAAAACAUAGAUUAACUAUUGUAUCCACAUACCUUCAAAGACAUCUACACACUUCUAGUUGACACAAUGAACAUUUAAAAUUGCAGUCACAAACUUGUCCAUUUUCUGCAUGUGCCACAACACCACAAUCUAAUUACUGCAACUACAUUAUUUCAAUGAUUUUCCCAUUUACUACAAGUUGAACCUGCUACACACUUCUCUGGUUCAUCGCUACCCAACCCCAAACAUUUCACUAGAGAACAUCUUUCACCAGUCAUGGCUGUGAUACUUGCACAUUUUAUUCCUGUCACAACCAUAUUUUUCUUGGUCAUGUAUCAACCAUGAAUAUAUGCCCUAAAUAAUUAUGGUAAUUGGAAUAACAUUUUUUCACGUCUGCAGCAUAUUUCCUAUAUGCCUAUAGCCCAGGAUAGCCCCUGAUCUUAAUGCCAAUACAACAUACCUCCUAAACACUUAGUACAUAAUGUUUUAUCUAGUUUUGAAAAAUCUUCAACUCAAAAUAAAUGUUUCCAUCAAGCAAGGGAAAACCCAUUUCUCAAGUCCUUCAGUCUUUCAUUUUAUUCAAGAACAUAAACAAAAUAUAUAAUAUGUUGUUCAUUUAAAAUAUUUAACGAGAUAUCAAUCACACUCAACAGUAUACCUUUAGACAAGGCAGAAAUGUUAUUUAACAUGACCAUAGGAGUAUCUCUGGUUUUGGUCAUGUGGCAAAAGGUGAAGGAAUGACCUACUUAAUCCAUUUAAAAUUAGUUUUGAAGAUUAAUAUAAAAUGAUUUCCCAGUCUCUCAUUUGUUUAUUCUAGUCCAUUUUAUGAGCCUAUCAAUGUAUGAGAAACUACAUGCAAAUAUUAAAUAGUAAAUCUUUAAAAAAAAUCUUACAAAUAUUUGUCCACAAAAUAUCAACAAAUUUUAAAUACACACUAACAAGAGUGCAAUGGAAAGUGGGUGGAUAAAGAUUAGGCUUAUACCUAGCAGAAAAUUAUAUUUCUGCUCUACAUCACACAAAUAAUAAGUGCUAGCUGGGUGGUGGAUGGAUAGGAAUGCUAAUACCAGUGCUAGCCUUCUCUCUCAACAGCCUCUUGCUGCCCAAAACAUUAUAAUUUUAGAUGUAGAGAUUUUAAGAGGCAAAGCUGGCUAGCCAAACACAUCUGUCUUCAAUCACAUUUUGAAAAACCAAUAUUUUACAAACAAAAGUUCUAUUACCAGUCAACACAUUCAGAACAGCAAAUUAUUUUAUAUGAAAAUGCAUUAUACACAUGAUCUGUAAGACCUUUGUAAUACACUCUACGAAAAUGGCACAUUUCCUACAACAAAUGUUGGUGUAUUGCUUUCAUACUUUAACAAGCAACUUUUAAAAAAAACAAAAAAACCUACAUACAGCCUCCAAAUAAAUUAUGAUCACAUGCACAGAAUAUACAUGACUUAAACGUUUAUCCUAACAUAGUAUACUGGUGUAUAUAGUAUAUGAACUAUUACUUUUAAUCCCCUAUGAAGCACAAUACAAUAUAUAUUUAUACACUUCAUGUUUAAAAUAGAGUGACCCAUUGUGCAUUAUAAAAGCCGAUGAAUAACAGCACACAAACUCACAUCUAAUUAAAAAAUUUAUUCACAAAAUUUUACAUUUUAUAUUUUUGAUGUUACAUGUUCUCCCAGACUCUUCAUUCUGCAUUCAAUGGAACAGAACUCUUUUUUUUUUUGGAGGUCAAGAAAAAAAUGUCUCUAAAGGCCUUACUUUCGUUAACCUCAAUAUAUCACUAUAUUAUUUAAAAAAUGCAUAAUCAGUUAAGUAAGCACUUGACAGUCUGCUCAUUUACAUAAGAAUCAAUGUUCAAGUGGUGCAGAUAGGUAGAAGUAAAUCUAUGUCUGACAAAAUAUACUAUCCCUUGUUAAAAAGAAAGGUCUGGCGGCAAUGAGGACCUUAAGUACACAGAGUAUUGAAAAAACUGUGAAUAAAAGUGGCAGCUAAAUCAACAACUUAUUAUCUUUUUAACAAGGUCAGCAUGCAAAACGGUUUCAUUUGAAACAGCUGGAGGGAAUGCAAAUUAAGAAUAUCUGGAGAUAUCAGUCAGCAGUUUCUUUUCAGAAAUUCAGCAGUCAUUAUUAAUAUUCAAGAAACAGCAGUUUCAUGUGAAAUGAAUGGAACAUCCAUGCUCUUUGCUUCAUCUCCAAGAGACAACAACUAAAAUUGAAUCUCUAAACAAGUGUUUAUACAUCAGCAGUUCGAAAAACUCUUAUAAUUUUAAACGUCUCUGCAAAAGACAAAUACAAACAGACACCAUAGAGGUACAUUUUAUUAAAACAACUGCUUCAAAAAUAAUCAACACUAUUAUUAUUUAUCUUAAGAUAAUUAUUUGGACAAGAGUUCAUAAAGUGCAACCAAAUGAACUUUCUGUGCAUUCUCCUGGGAAAACUACCAGACAAAUCAUGUCUAUAACUUGUCGCUGUUAUGUUGAAUGCAAAGUAGAGACGGUACCAAGGUGUCAUAUCUCAUUGUACUGUGUUUUUUGUUCUGUGAAUACAGUGCAAGUAUCAAGUUCUACUUUUGACAGAAAAUACCCAGGGCUUACACCAUAAACUGCUGCUUUAUAUAUAUUUUCAUGGACUAAAUAGAUCUCUCUUGCUUGGAAUGUUUACUCAAAUGUUCUUGGAAUGCUCUGUUAAGUCACAACCUAUCAGCAUAAUAACAUUAUUACUCUUUUACUGAAAGUCUGACAGUUUGCUGGAAGUUGUACGUUGGAAUAAAAAAGUCACCCAUUCAUAAGAAUGAUUCUAAAAUAUUUACAAGUCUUUAAAAAAUCCCAUGAGCACUGGGAUAACACAACAAAUGUGAAGCAAAUUGCUUUGAAAAAAAAUCUUUCACAAAAUACAAUAAUAAUUACUGUUCUUUUCACUCAAUCAGUAAAAUCCAGUCUGUAAAGCAGCCACAUUAAAUUAGAACACAUCUGUCCAUGUACUAACAAACACACACCAGCAGUGACAUCAUGAAAACAAUGUAUCUGUGCAUAUAAAUGUAACCAGUUUGUAAAAUCAGCAGUGAUUAGUUCAUUUUAAAGUGAUUAAAAAUAGAAGUAUUGCCAUGUUACCUUUGACACAGAUUCAUAAAAAUGUACUCAAAAACAUUUAUUGUGAAAAAAUAGUGUUUGAGUUGCUAAAAAUCCUUUUCACAGGUGCUACAAAAAUGUAUGUCUUAAAAAGAAUCAUGAAUAACUGCAAUUGCCACCAUUUUUUAUUAUUGAUAGUUCAAAAUCUUUGACCCAUCAAGUUUAUACAAGCAUAUUACUUGCUGACAGCCACAUAAUAAACAGCAGAAUAAAAGAUUGGUCGUGUCAAUUAAAAAUAUUAAAAUAAUUCUAUAUCUGCAAUUCUAUUCAAACAAUGUUUUGGAAGCCAAGUGAAUUAACUGAAGUUAUAUAGCAGAAUGAGGUGAAACUGGUUGUAGGUGACAAGUACUUGAAACAGUAACUCAAGUUGAUUACUGAGUCAUCAAAGAAAGCAACAACAAAAAAAGUGUAAAUCACACAAAUGAGAAUCUGAAGACAGAAAGAUACUGUUUUGUGCCAAACAAGAGGUACUUCCACUGUAAUUCAUAUGAAAAUUGAAGAAACAGGUACUACACAGAAAAUCAGUACCGAUGAGUCAACAUAAAAGAAAGCAGUUCAACUAUUACUUUAAAAAAAAAAAAAAAAAAAAAAAAA